AUGACUGACAGUCCGGACACGGCCUCAUCUAGUGGUACUGGUUCUGCUACGCGACGAAUUGUCCCCAAACCACCACCCUUGGUGGACAUUCGCCGCACACAUCUAACAGUGGCAGGUACAUCUGAUCCACACCGGGCGAUUCGGUCUGCAACAAGCACAGAAAGCGCAGAAACCGUAUCCGGUUCCCGGUCAGAUUUACUUCGAAACGAGUACCACUCGAACCGGAACAAGACUAUCCGUGCUCGAACCGUCCUAUUCUGGCGACAUUAUGCAGUUCUCAUGUGGAAAAAUUUCAUUCUACGUAGACGUCGCCCCGGAUUUUUGGUUGUCGAACUCCUGACCCCGAUAUUCAUAACUUGCAUUCUGAUCAUUCUCUACAAACGGGGCACGGAGGAGAAAAAUCCGGACUGUUACUCACAAACCAUCGGAAUGCCUAGUAUGGGAGUGCUGAGCUUUGUGCAGUCAAUGGUUUGUAAUUUUGCCUAUUCGUGCAUGAAAACGGAACCACCACCACUUACACUAUUCAGCAACGAAACGGGAUGGGGCAAUUUCUUGGCCGAUGCAGCAAUGCUGGCUAAGGAUCCGUGGAUUAUUAAAGUGUGA